AUGCCAUGGGCUCCAAAGCCUCCUAUGACCUUGAAAGAGGCAAAGAAGGCAUACAAGAAAGACAAUACCGGGUUUAAAUUCACACCCUCACAGCUGGCACGCGCCGACCGACAAGAUGCGCAGGAGGACAAGCGACGAAAAGCUCUAGAGAAGCAGCAGACAAGAGAAAUUAACAAACGCAAACGCGAAGACAAGGCAGAAAGAGAUCGCGCAGUCAAAAGACAGAUGCUUGAGGAAGGCCGCAUCACAGUCGAGGACACUUGGGGGAAAGUAAACGCCAGUCAACCCCGAUUAAACAAAUUCUUUGCCCAACCACCUACAGCGAUUGGUCCCGCAUCACAUCUGCGUCAUGAAGUAACAAGAAAAUCUGACGACAAUGCCAACAACAAAUUAUCGGAUUGUUUAGAGCCAGAGCAUGAUAGCCGUCAAGAGACGCGUAUAGUUGAGGCGAAGAAUGGCACUUGUAGAGUACAAGACACUAGUGAUUCAGAUGCUUUGUUGAGUCCCAGAGCAUCGUGUCAGGAUCCAGAGUCCGUUGAUGUCAGACAUUCUCUCACACCGCCUAGACCUUUGCAUAAACAUUCAUCUCCUCUUCAAGAGGUACGCCCCUCGCAACUCAAUGCGCAACCAAAGCCAGGGGUCAACGACUUUACAGCCGCUGAAAGUGACCAUGGUAUCGAGGAAGAUUUCACUGAUGGCCUUAACGAUGAUGAAUUUCUAGAGUUUUGCGACAAACAGAAUGAUAUCGGCGAGGGACAUGACUCUUCAGCCACACCACUUAGUGAGUCGGGAGAUAAGGCAUCGCCGAAUCUAAGCCCUGACGAUCAUACAAUGUCUACCAUUGAACUUAUUCCUCAGGAAUCCCGAAACAAGGAGAAGCAUACACCCACUGCUCUCCCUGCGAAUGAUGAUACCCAAGAGCCUCCGCCAGCUGUGCUCAUCGAAAGUUUCAGCGCCUUUUUUAACGAAAUCGACGAGUCCGAACUCAUAGCCUUUGCCGAGCAGGUAGAAGCCAGUAUGGGAAAUUCGCCUCAGGUGUGUUCAUUGUCGACGAAAGCUAUUGAGGAGCAUUCACCAGCAGUAUCGAAACAGUCAAAUUUUCGGCCUGCUGUCAUAGAAUCGAAACCACCAUAUGUCAAAUCAAGGAAGCGCCGUAUGCCUUGGGACGAUAUAGACGGGCCAGGACCAUCGACACAGGCGGCCAUGCUAGAACUCUUGGAACAGGCAGAAGCGCAGAUGCAAACAUGA